GCGGCGGCGGCGGCGGCGGCGGUGGCGGCGCCUCGUGCGCGCGGUUAUUUAUUUCCGGGCCCCAGAGCGCUUAUAAUGGAGCCGCUGUCAGCAGAACCUUCUGCUGCCGCCGCCGCCGCCGCCGCUGCCGUCCCUCCUCUUUUUUUUCCUGGCAGAUCUUUGUUGUGUGGGAGGGCAGCAGGGAUGGACUUGAGCUUGCGGAUCUCCUGCUAGAGCAGCCGCGCUUGGAGAGGGCGCCGCAGCUACAAAGAGGAGCCGCCGCCGCCGCACCGAGGCCCCACCGACCCGGCCUCCGUCCGCCCGCGCCCCCGCCCGGCCUUUUCGGCCCGCGCCUCCCGGCAGAGUCCCCUUGCGGCGGCAGAUGUGUGUGGGGUCAGCCCACGGCGGGGACUAUGGUGAAAUUCCCGGCGCUCACGCACUACUGGCCCCUGAUCCGGUUCCUGGUGCCCCUAGGCAUCACCAACAUAGCCAUCGACUUCGGGGAGCAGGCCUUGAACCGGGGCAUUGCUGCUGUCAAGGAAGAUGCAGUGGAGAUGCUGGCCAGCUACGGGCUGGCGUACUCCCUCAUGAAGUUCUUCACGGGGCCCAUGAGUGACUUCAAGAAUGUGGGCCUGGUGUUUGUGAACAGCAAGCGGGACAGAACCAAAGCUGUCCUGUGCAUGGUGGUGGCCGGCGCCAUUGCCGCUGUCUUCCACACCCUAAUAGCAUAUAGUGACCUAGGCUACUACAUCAUCAAUAAGUUGCACCAUGUGGAUGAGUCAGUGGGGAAUAAAACGAGAAGGGCCUUCCUGUAUCUUGCUGCCUUCCCGUUUAUGGAUGCCAUGGCCUGGACCCAUGCUGGCAUUCUCUUAAAACACAAAUACAGUUUCCUGGUGGGAUGUGCCUCAAUCUCAGACGUCAUAGCUCAGGUUGUUUUCGUUGCCAUUUUGCUGCACAGUCACCUGGAAUGCAGAGAGCCCCUGCUCAUCCCCAUCCUCUCGUUGUACAUGGGCGCCCUGGUGCGUUGCACCACCCUGUGCCUGGGCUACUACAAGAAUAUCCACGACAUCAUCCCCGACAGGAGUGGACCCGAGCUGGGGGGAGAUGCAACCAUAAGAAAGAUGCUGAGCUUCUGGUGGCCUCUGGCUCUCAUCUUGGCUACACAGAGAAUCAGCAGGCCUAUUGUCAACCUCUUUGUUUCCCGGGACCUUGGUGGCAGUUCUGCAGCUACAGAGGCCGUGGCCAUUUUGACAGCCACAUACCCCGUGGGUCACAUGCCCUAUGGCUGGUUGACGGAAAUCCGUGCUGUCUACCCCGCUUUUGACAAGAAUAACCCCAGCAAUAAAGCGGUGAGCACAAGCAACACGGUCACGGCAGCCCACAUCAAGAAGUUCACGUUUGUCUGCAUGGCCUUGUCGCUAACGCUCUGUUUUGUGAUGUUCUGGACCCCCAACGUUUCUGAGAAAAUUUUGAUAGACAUCAUUGGUGUGGACUUUGCCUUUGCAGAACUCUGCGUCGUUCCCUUGCGUAUCUUCUCCUUCUUCCCGGUUCCAGUCACCGUGAGGGCCCAUCUCACCGGGUGGCUGAUGACGCUAAAGAAGACCUUCGUCCUGGCCCCCAGCUCCGUGCUUCGGAUCAUCGUCCUCAUCACCAGCCUGGUGGUCCUGCCCUACCUGGGGGUACACGGAGCAACCCUAGGCGUGGGCUCCCUCCUUGCAGGGUUUGUGGGAGAAUCCACCAUGGUCGCCAUAGCAGCAUGCUACGUCUACCGGAAACAGAAAAAGAAGAUGGAGAAUGAGUCUGCCGUGGAGGGGGAGGAUUCAGCGAUGACAGACAUACCUCCAGCAGAGGAGGGGACGGAUGUCGUGGAAAUGAGGGAGGAGACUGAGUGAGGCGCCGAUGCCCGGGCACCGCAGGGACAGCUGACACUUCAGUGUCAUCUGCUCUCCCUCUUGUGUCGUUCCGGUUUGGGGUUUGCUUUUUGAUUGGGUCACAAAAGAGGCCUUGGUUUAAAGGUUUCACGGACACUCUGGCAUACUGGGGAUGCUCACACUGACGUGGGGACCUGCAGGAUGGUCUCGCCAUGGCUUGGUGGAAACAAACAAAACAGUUGACUUCAUGCCCCCGCUUCAUGAAAACCCCAAAGACAUAGCUGCCUCGUAGUCCUCAUUGCCUCUCCCUCCCCCUGGACAAUCUCCUUUUGGAACCAAAGGACUGCGGCUGUGCCGUCCAUCGCCCCUCAGCCACCACCGCCCAGCAGGCCACAGACUCAUCCUGUCCCCUUGCAUCUCCCUUAGAAUCAGCAGGUGACAACUUUCUUUGAUUGGCUUCCCAGUAACAUGACUGUGCAGAGACGUGGCCCAGCAGCUUCCCACCAUGGAAUCAUUAACUGUCUGCCACCCACGUGCAGAGGGCAGCUCCAGGCUGCAGCCUGGAGUGGCCGUUCACGAUGAGGAAUAGAUUUGUGAAUGCGCUCCUCGGAUGGACGGAUGGACAUAAUCUUCCGUGGGAAGGUUUCAGGUGCCACGGAAACAGCAAACUGACAUGUGCAAGCGAUAGCCUUUCACCUCGCAUUUUCCUAGAGUUGAGUGUGCGCUUUCAUGUCCCGCCAUGUACAUACCUGAGCUAUCUUGUCAAAGUUGUCACCAAAGUGCAUCUCCCCAUCGCCAUGUCCUUGGGCAUGACUUUCCCCAAAGGCUUGUUUUUCACUCACCUUUCCUGAAGAUGGCACUAGAGCAAGUGAAACAGAGCAUUCUAACUCGACAUUUUAGUUUUUAAAAUGAACGGAAGCUUUAAGUCAUAAUCUAGCCUUCUAAUGCCCGGCUGCUGUAUCGCUACCUUGGAAGUAGAUUUCUGACCUGCCAUUCUUAGUCCUAACCGCGCGGUACAGGUAAUUUCGAGUGUACUUCCCCUCUCACGCCGCAUGAGAAAGCAAGACAUUUUAUAAAUGACGGCAGAGUCACUCUGUGAUAUUCCCUGAAAUGACACAUUUGAAAUCCAUUCAGUGCAGUAUAUUUUUCUAAGUUUUGGAAAGCGGGUUUUUUCUUUAAAAAAAAAAAAUAUGGACACAGUUCACUAAAUUCUUGAUUUAGUCAAAAUUCCUAGACAGAAAGAACCUAGACACAAAAAUAUUUUAAAGAUAUAAAUAUAUACUGUAUAUGUUAUGUAAUUUAUUUUAGGCUAUAAUACAUUUCCUAUUUUCGCAUUUUCAAUAAAAUGUCUCUAAUACAAUAUGGUGACUGCUUGUGUGCACCACAUACCUGCGGUUGAAACGUAUUGUAUCAAUGAGCAUUGUGUCUUGUUUGCAGCAGUUUUAUAGUGUGUCAUUUGUAUAUAAAUGUAAGGGUCAGUCAAUGACCAGAGAACUAUUUUUCAUUAUGAAUAACAGAGGUACGAGUGGUUCAGCUGAUGUAGACCAUAGUGGGAAGGGAAAGAGAUGCUAGAAGGACAAAAAAGAAAAAGUCAAGCCUUUGGCACUUAUUCCUUUCAGUGCCGUGUAAUCAUACUGUUCCUCAUAGAAAAAAAAGAAUGUAAGGGCUGGGAGUCAGCCCCGAACAUCACAGGGUUCAUUCACACUUCUGGUCACCCAGUGACCUGGGGAACAAAACCCUCACGCGCUUCCUCUGAGCGGUUUCUCCCCCAUGUCUAUAUAUAUUUGAGUGCAAGAAAUUUAGACACAUACCUUUGGGGUGGUUUCUGGGGCAGAUCUGAGAAAAUGGGGGGGGGGGGAUCUAAUUGUAUCGGCUUUUUUAAAGUACAUGACUAGAAAAUUAAACAACAGUAUUUUUGAA